AUGGUUUCCGAAAGGAACUUGUCCAAGAAAGUGUGCGUGAUCGGAGCUGGACCGGCCGGUCUGGUCGCAGCCCGGGAGCUGAGGAGAGAGGGCCAUGAAGUGGUGGUUAUUGAACAAAAGCAUGAUGUUGGAGGGCAAUGGCUAUAUGACUCUAAAGUCGAGGAAGAAAACCCUCUGGGAAAAAACCAGUUCUUGAAGGUUCAUAGCAGCAUCUACGCCUCGUUGAGGUUGAUUUCGCCUAGAGAAAUCAUGGGGUUCACUGAUUUCCCAUUUGGUGGGAAGAAAGGCAGGGAUAUGAGGAGGUUUCCUGGCCAUAACGAACUUCUUCUGUACUUGCAAGAUUUCUGUGACACGUUUGGAUUGAGAGAGUAUAUACGGUUCAACACUCGGGUUGAAAAUGUGGAGAUGUUGGACUACCCUGUUCUUGACAAGGAGCAUUUGAAGUGGGUGGUGAAAAGCAAGGCGGAGAAGGAGGUUGAAGAAGUCUACGAUGCAGUGGUUGUCGCCACCGGCCAUUACUCUCAGCCAAGGUUGCCUGCAAUAAAAGGAAUGGAUGCAUGGAGGAGAAAACAGAUGCACAGUCACAUUUACAGGGUUCCAGAUCCAUUCAAGAAUGAGGUAGUUGUGGUUGUUGGGAGUUCUUUGAGUGGACAGGACAUCUCAAUGGAGCUUGUGAAUGUGGCAAAUGAGAUCUACCUAAGUUCCAAAUCUCUCGAUGUUUCUCAAGGCUUAUCAAAAGUCAUUGCUAAAUAUGAUAAUCUACACCUCCGUCCACAGAUCGAGUCCCUACAUGAGGACGGAAAGGUUAUAUUCAAUGAUGGCUCGUGGAUCAUUGCCGACACUAUCAUAUACUGUACAGGGUACUCUUAUUCAUUUCCAUUUCUUGAUACUAAAGGAAUAGUAAGAAUAGAUGAUGACCGGGUGGGACCCCUCUAUGAGCAUACCUUUCCUCCUUCACUAGCUCCUUCUCUAUCUUUUAUUGGCAUCCCAAGAAAGCUUAUAGGUUUUCCUUUCUUUGAAUCCCAAGCAAUAUGGAUUGCUCAACUCUUGUCUGGAAAAAGGAGUUUGCCAUCAUGGGAUGAUAUGAUGCAAUCAAUUAAGGAGUUUUAUGACUCAAGGGAUGCUGCUGGCAUCCCAAAGCACUAUACACAUGAUAUUUGCGAGUUUGAGGUAAAAAAAGAAACUAAGCUAAGCUAUGUUUACUUCUCUAAUAUAGUUUUUCCCCUGUGUCAUUUUCAUGAAUGGAAUUCACCUACAUCUGAUCAGUACUGUACACAAUUUGAUCAAACACGAGACUGUGAGUAUAGGCAAUCUUCAAGAUUAAUGUGUGUGCUACUUUCCAUGUGUUUUCAGUAUUGUGACAAAUACGCAGACUACAUUGGUUUUCCACAUUUAGAGGAGUGGAGGAAGGUACUUUGCAUCUCAGCCUUAGUGAAUGCUGAAUCAAACUUGGAGACGUAUCGUGAAUCAUAUGAACAAGAUGAGGAGAUGCUUCAAGUUGCAUAUAGCAGCACACACUUCACUCAACAGGGACCUCAAGAUUCUACCUUAUGAACUACAUGGAUCUAUUAUUGAAUAUUCCACAUAAUUAUGUGCAAUUCUUGUGUUACUAGUACUAAACGAAUUCACAAUCAUAGAUUGUCAAAAUAAAAGAUAUUUUUUCAUAUUGAGAAAACCAAGCAAUUUUGUUUUGCCUUUGGCUGCUUGUAAGUCAAAAUAUGUUGCAUUGUGGGCCGGGGAAGGAAAUAUUGUAUUUUGUGAUAGAUGUUUAUUUGUCAAAUCUAUGUACUUAGCCUUUGUAAUAACAACAUGAUGAUGCCAUGAAAACCAAAUAGAAUGAUCACAUUUCAUGAUCAAUAUUAAUUAAUGAUGCUCUAGAAGGAACAUUCUUUCAUUCAGUU